UGAGUGUCUGGGCCGAUGCUGUCGCUGGGAGCCCGCGCGCUGGCCGCCGCCUGCACCAAAUGCCACAACUGCCACCCCAUUGUCCACCGGGCGCGCGGCCAUUGUCCGGGCCCACACGCUCCCGCAGCCUCGCUCUUUCCCCGGGGCCGGGGCCGCUCCUCGACGCCCGCUUCCCCGCUCACCGCCGCCGGCAGCGUCGACCGCUUCGGAGCCGUCACCGCUCACCUGGAGCACAAACAUUUCCCAACACAACUGGACGAGGUCACCUUCCAAAAACUGCUGCAGGAUGCUAUUGUAGGUUGGAAAGCAGAAGGCAGGGUGGCAGUGUGGCUACAUGUUCCUAUUCUCCAGAGUCGUUUUAUACCUGCUGCAGCUCGUCAAGGUUUCACCUUUCACCAUGCAGAGAAUGACCAUUCUGUGUUGGCACUCUGGCUGGCCAUGGGGGAAAGUAGACUUCCUUCUUAUGCAACACAUCAAGUAGGAGUGGCUGGUGCAGUGCUUGAUGAGGUGACCGGUAAAGUUUUGGUUGUGCAAGACAAAAAUAAGACAAAAAACGCUUGGAAGUUUCCAGGAGGCCUCUCAGAUCCGGGUGAAGAUAUUGGUGAAACAGCAGUACGAGAAGUCUUCGAAGAGACUGGGAUAAGAUCCACAUUUAAAUCACUUCUAAGCAUCAGGCAACAACAUAACCAUCCAGGAGCUUUUGGGAAAUCUGAUAUGUACGCUAUUUGUCGUUUGAAAGCUCUCUCGUUUGACAUCAAUUUUUCCCAAGAAGAAUGUAUACAGUGUGAAUGGAUGGACCUUGUGGAGCUGACUAGGACAGAAUGUGCAACACCUAUAACCAGCAGGAUAGCCAAGCUAUUGUUAUAUGGAUAUAGGGAAGGCUUUGACAAGAUUGAUUUAAAAAUGACAGAGUUUUCAGCCAUUUAUACUGGUCGCCCCUACAAACUUUAUUACAAAGCAUUACCGGAGUAAUUUAAGAAUUUUAUAUCACACGGGCUCUGAAUAAAACGGCAUCUAGUAGAAAUGCCGUAUUCUAUUUGUUCAAAUCAAUACUGACAGAAGUACAUCACUGAUGAGAUUUAAAUUGGGUAAGAUGCUACUCUCCCCAAAGUGCAGAAUUUUGCAAUGCUUUUAAGAUAUACUCACAUCUCAUUGCAGCUCGUCAAUUCUGAAAAUAACAAUCAAUUCCUAAGUCUCAUAAUUGAACAUCUUUAAUUUUAAGUUACAAAUGAGCAUCGUAAAAUGCCUCAUAACUGAACAUGAUAUUACUGUGAUUUCUCCUUUUCCUUCAUAUUAAACAUGAACUUAGAGCACAUUUACAUCCUUUUGUAAUUGGCAAAUUGGCCAAAUAGGAGAUUGCUGACAGAAUGUUUAGCUAUAAUUGUAACGCAUUGAAUUUAUAUCCCCAGUUUAUAACCAGCGGUCUCUGAGGAAGUAUCAAUCUUGAUCAAAAAUAUCUCAGUUAAUCUUCACCCCGGCCUAAUAUUUCACCAUGUGUCUUUAUUCCUUCCCAUUUCAGCUGAUGUAGACCGCCACCUCUACUCAGUGAAAGGAUUGCAAUGUUGGGACUGGAGAAUGUGGGACUACAAGAGGCCCAAAGUGGCAGAAUAAGGAGAUCUGAGAAUUGCACACCUGGAACAUGUUCCAAAGAUGGAAAGUGUAUAGUCUUGGGGGAAUCUGAAAAGUUAGCUGAGAGUUUAAAUUCAAGAUGAUGUAUGGUUCAGCAACCACAUGUGGAUUAGUGAACAAGACUUUUAAAACGUCACGUCAGCUAAGUUUCAUAAGAUCA